CUUACAUAUAUAAUCUUAAAAUGUUUUUUUUAUAACCUUAAAAUUAAUAUUUGUCUGAACACGUUAUAUAUGAAGUGUUUAAUUUUUUUUAUUCCCUGCAUUAUCUCUUACAAGUGGCAUUUUGAGUUUCUUGUCUGAAAGGAAAGUUCUGAGAAUCUAUAGCAUUCUUUUCCUGACGCAAGCCCUCUUGUUCCUGCACAUUGUAUGGCUGGUUCAAGAUUAGGCCAAUGGCCGUGUCUUGUUGUUUGCAUACUGAUAUUGCUCAAGGCAGAAGGAGCUAGCAUUCCCAUUACUAUUGUCGAGACUGCUGUUUCAAGCGGAGCUGUUUGCUUAGAUGGGAGUCCGCCAGGUUACCACUUUGACAAAGGAUCUGGUUCUGGGAUUGAUAACUGGUUGGUUCACAUGGAGGGAGGAGGAUGGUGUGAGAGUGUUGAGUCCUGUGUUUCUCGUAGGGACACUUUCAGGGGUUCUUCAUCGAAAAUGGAGAAGACAAUGGGGUUCUCUGGCAUACUGGGCAGCAAGCAAGCAGCUAAUCCUGACUUCUAUAACUGGAAUAGAAUCAAAGUCAGAUACUGUGAUGGUUCAUCAUUUACUGGUGAUGUCGAAGCUGUCGAUCCGGAAACUAAGCUUUACUUCAGGGGAGAGAGGGUUUGGCAGGCUGUAAUUGAUGAACUACUGGCGAAAGGAAUGCAAAAUGCUCGAAAUGCUAUUCUUUCCGGAUGUUCUGCUGGUGGAUUGGCUGCUAUUUUGCAUUGUGAUAAAUUCCAAUCCCUCCUGCCUGCAACUGCUAGAGUAAAAUGUGUUUCUGAUGCUGGUUAUUUUAUUCACGGGACGGACAUUUCUGGAGGGUCUCGAAUUGAAUCCUUCUUCGGUCAAGUCGUUAAAACUCAUGGAUCAGCAAAGAAUUUGCCUGCAUCAUGCACUUCAAAAAUGAAUCCGGAGUUGUGUUUCUUCCCACAAUAUGUGGCGCAGACUAUGCGAACACCACUUUUCAUCAUAAACUCAGCUUACGAUUCCUGGCAGAUAAAAAACAUCCUUGCACCAACAGCUGUUGAUUCCAAAAAAGAAUGGAAGGACUGCAAGCUUGAUUUGAAAAAAUGCUCAGCUAGUCAACUCCAGACCGUGCAAGAUUACAGGACACAAUUCUUAAAAGCAGUGGAUACUGGACUUGGCAGCUCUUCAACAAGAGGAUUGUGGAUAGAUUCUUGCUAUGCUCACUGCCAAUCUGGGUCGGUAUCUACCUGGUUAAGUGAUAAAUCUCCCGAAGUGGGCGAUACGAAAAUGGGAAAGGCUGUUGGAGAUUGGUUCUACGACCGAAGUGCCAUGGAAAAAAUCGAUUGCCCUUACCCUUGCAACCCUACUUGUGUCACUGUUGAUUCUGAAUCGUAAGAGCAGUCAACUAACGCAGAUUUAUUGAUAAUAAGAAAUAUUACCAAUCUCAUGAGUCGUGGUUAUAAGCUACAAUCAGCUAGAGUAAGAGUAUUGCUUGUGAUGUUGUUACCAAGCCUUCAAAAUAAAGAUCAUUGCACAGAACAUAUCUGUGUGUUCUGUCAUUGAUUAUGUAAUACCUGUUCAAUAAUCAUUAUUAUACGUGUAAUUUGUUUCUAA